AUGGGAAUUAGUAUCUCCGACCAUUGCAUUUCGCUGCUGAGCAAGUGCAGGAAUCUCAAAUCGGUCAAGCGAAUCCACGCUCUUCUCUUCAAAACUGGCCUCCACAAUGAUUCCUUGGUCGCUGGCAAGUUCCUUCUCCACUGUGCCAUUUCCAUCCCCGAUGCUCUCCAUUACGCUCACCGUUUCUUCCUUCACUUCCCGACCCCUGAUGUUUUCAUGUACAACACACUCAUUCGAGGACUCGUUGAGUCUGAAUCUCCUCACAGCUCUCUCCAACUCUUCAUCCAAAUGCGUCGACAAUCCUCCUUCCUGCCCGAUAGUUUCUCUUUCGCCUUUAUUCUCAAAGGGGUUGCUAAUUGCAGGGAUAUGAAAUCUGGGAUGCAGUUACACGGUCAAUCUUUGUGCUUUGGGCUGAGCACUCAUAUCUUCGUUGGGACAACUCUGAUUAGCAUGUAUGCAGAAUGUGGGAACUCGGCCUUUGCUAGGAAGGUGUUUGAAGAAAUGUGGCAGCCAAAUGUUGUUACCUGGAAUGCUAUUUUGACUGCCUGUUUUAGGUGUGGGGAUCUGGAGGGGGCUGAAGGUACGUUUAAACGGAUGCCUAAUCGGAAUUUGACUUCAUGGAAUGUGAUGCUUGCUGGAUAUACCAAAGCAGGUGAGCUUGAGUUAGCGAGACGAGUAUUUUCUGAAAUGCCUCUGAAAGAUGAUGUUUCAUGGAGCACUAUGAUCGUUGGGUCUGCUCAAAUCGGCUCUUUUGAUGAGGCUUUUGGUUUUUUCAGGGAGUUGCAGCGUCAGGGAAUCAGACCUAAUGAGGUAAGCUUGACGGGGGUGCUUUCGGCGUGUGCACAAGCUGGGGCUUUUGAAUUUGGGAAGAUUUUACAUGGAUUUGUACAGAAAGCUGGGUUUCUUCAGAUUGCUUCAGUGAGCAAUGCUCUGAUAGACACCUAUUCAAAAUGUGGAAAUGUGGUUAUGGCUAGGUUGGUCUUUCAAAGCAUGCAAGUGGGGAGAAGCAUUGUGUCUUGGACAUCCAUGCUUGCAGGACUUGCUAUGCAGGGUCAUGGAGAAGAGGCGAUACAACUUUUUCACGAGAUGGAAGAGUCUGGUAUUCAGCCGGAUGGUAUCACCUUCAUCUCUCUUUUAUAUGCUUGUAGUCAUGCUGGCUUGGUUGAGCAAGGGAGUGCUUAUUUUUCUCAGAUGCAAAGUGUGCACGGCAUUGAACCCGCCAUGGAGCACUACGGCUGUAUGGUUGAUCUCUAUGGUCGAGCAGGGAAGUUGCAGAAGGCCUAUGAAUUUGCAUGUCAAAUGCCAAUUGUACCUAAUUCAAUCAUCUGGAGGACUCUCCUUGGAGCUUGUAGCAUUCACGGCAAUGUUGAGUUGGCAGAGCUGGUGAAAGCAAGGCUUGCUGAAAUGGAUCCUAACAAUUCUGGCGAUCAUGUUCUGCUCUCCAACAUAUAUGCCACUGCCGGGAAAUGGAAGGACGUUGCCAAUAUAAGAAGAUCCAUGGCCGAACAGAACAUAAAAAAAGCUCCUGGCUGGAGCAUGAUUGAAAUUGACAAGGUCAUUUAUAGUUUCGUGGCAGGUGAAAAGCCUAAUGAAUUUACAGAUGAGGCUCACAAUAAGCUGCAGGAAAUAGUGUGGAGACUCAGAGCGGAAGCCGGCUACGUGCCACAGGUAAGGAGUGUUUUGCACGAUAUUGAAGAAGAAGAGAAAGAAGUUUCGGUGUCUAAGCACAGCGAGAAGCUUGCUGUGGCCUUUGGAAUUUCAAAACUUCCAAAGGGGAAGAUGAUAAGAAUAGUGAAGAACCUGAGGGUUUGCAGUGAUUGUCAUACAGUAAUGAAGUUGGUUUCUAAAGUUUAUGGGGUAGAGAUCAUUGUGAGGGAUAGAAGUCGCUUCCACUCGUUCGAAGAUGGGUUUUGCUCUUGUAGAGAUUACUGGUGAUGGAUGAGCUAGCUUUACCUGAAGCGCUACUAUUCGUUGUAUUGGCUGACGAGCUACAUAGAAGAAUGCCGACGCAAAGAGAACCUUUCAGUUGUGAAGAUCAAAGAAAAUGGACUGAACAAAAAAUUGGCCAGGGACUGUUACAGUUUAUUUCCCAACUUUAUGGAUGGUGCUGAGAUGAAGUUUAUUACGAAGUGCAGCUUCAGCCUGAUCAAAGGUGUUUCUGGAAACUGCAUUUUUUGUUGUCCUGAUCGAGGGAAGCAAGAAAACCAAAAUCCUACUUUUGGUUUGGUGGCAAUGCUGCAACUUUUUUUUCCAUUCAUUUUGUAUCGUUCCUCAUUCAUCUUUAAAAUUGCGCGAGUAAACC